AUGAAGUCCUCGGUCCUCCUCACCGGCAGCUUCGCCGCCGCCGCCGUCGCCCAGAGCGGCAUCUUCAGCAUCCCCGAAGGCACCAACCUCGGCACCCCGAUCAUCAUCUCCACGCCGCUGACCAACCCGCUCCGCACCUCGACGGCCAGCACCAGCGACACGGGCCACGCCUCCAUCCCCGAGGGCACCGGCUCCCCCACCGUCUCCAUCCCGGACGGCACAAUGUCCAUCCCCGAGGGCACCAGCAAGGGCACCAUCUCGCAGUCGCAGGCGAGCUCGACCCCGACGGCCACCGGCUCGGCGUCCACCACCGGCGGCUCCACGCUCGUGCCUACCACUUCCGGCCCGUCGGGCACCGGCACCGGCUCGCCGACGACGACGGGCGGUCAGACGACGAGCGCGUCCACCGCCGGUGCGGUCGCCAACCAGGCCGCCGGCGCCGUGGCCGCCGCUGGCUUCUUCGCUGCUCUGCUCGUCUAA